GCCAAGAUGGAGGAGCUGAAUCUUUUCCGUGGCGACAACGUGCUCAUCAAGGGCAAAAAGCGAAAGGCCACAACACCCAAACGUACAACACUCUCAGACGUCCGGGACACGGUGUGCAUCGUUUUGGCUGACGAGAACCUAGAUGAUAGCAAGAUCCGCAUGAACAAGGCCGUGCUCGGGGUGGUGCGGAAGAAUCUUCGAGUCCGCCUGGGCGACAUCAUCUCCGUCCAUGCAUGCAGCCGGGCCGACAAGAUUCCUUUGAGAAUUCAAGGCGGAGACGUGCCGUACGGAAAGCGCAUCCACGUCCUCCCACUGGACGACACCAUCGAGGGUCUCACAGGCAACCUCUUCGACACUUACUUGAAGCCCUACUUCCUGGAGGCCUACCGCCCCGCCCGUCAGGGGGACCUUUUCCUCGUGCGCGGUGGCUUCCGUCCCGUGGAGUUCAAGGUGGUUGGAGUGGAUCCUGGCGAAUUCGUUAUUGUGGCACCAGACACUGUAAUCCAUUGCGAGGGCGAACCAGUGAAGCGCGAGGAUGAGGAGCGGCUGGACGAUGUCGGAUACGAUGACAUCGGAGGCUGCAAGAAGGCGAUGGGUCAGAUUCGUGAGAUGAUCGAGCUCCCCCUGCGUCACCCUACGCUCUUCAAGACGUUGGGGGUGAAGCCACCGCGAGGGGUCCUUUUGUAUGGGCCUCCUGGUAGUGGCAAAACCCUGAUUGCGCGGGCCGUGGCCAACGAGACUGGAGCUUUCUUCUUCCUCAUCAACGGUCCGGAAAUCAUGUCCAAGAUGGCAGGAGAGGCGGAGAGCAACCUGCGCAAGGCUUUCGAGGAGGCAGAGAAGAACUCUCCCGCAAUCAUCUUCAUUGAUGAGAUCGAUUCGAUCGCGCCAAAACGAGACAAGACCAGCGGCGAGGUCGAGAAGCGUGUGGUCUCCCAGCUGUUGACGCUGAUGGAUGGCAUCAAAGGCCGUGGCCAGGUGGUGGUCAUUGCUGCCACGAACAGGCCGAACUCCAUUGAUGCCGCUCUGCGGCGAUUCGGCCGCUUCGACCGGGAGUUGGACAUUGGGGUCCCCGACGACAACGGCAGGCUGGAGAUCCUGCGCAUCCAUUGCAAGAACAUGAAGCUGGCCACGGAUGUCAAGCUGGAGGAGCGUCCUCGUCUGGGUCAGCAGGAAGUGGCCUCCAACACCCACGGCUUCGUCGGUGCUGACCUGGCCCAACUCUGUACGGAAGCUGCGCUCACGUGCAUCCGGGAGAAGAUGGAUCUCAUCGAUUUGGAGGAGGAGACCAUCGACGCGGAGAUCCUGGACUCGAUGGAGCACUUCAAGUCUGCGAUGGGCAGCGUGAACCCCUCCUCCUUGCGAGAGACAGUGGUGGAGGUGCCCAACAUCAAAUGGGACGACAUCGGUGGUCUUGAAGACACGAAGAGGUCCCUGCAAGAGACGAUCCUGUACCCAAUCGACCACCCGGAGAAGUUCGAGAAGUUUGGAAUGCAGCCGUCGCGCGGUGUGCUCUUCUACGGCCCGCCGGGCUGCGGCAAGACGUUGCUGGCCAAAGCCGUGGCCUCCGAAUGCUCCGCCAAUUUCGUCAGCAUCAAAGGCCCAGAGCUCCUCACGAUGUGGUUCGGCGAGUCCGAGGCCAACGUGCGCGAGGUCUUCGACAAGGCCCGAGCCGCUGCUCCCUGCGUGCUCUUCUUCGAUGAGCUGGACUCCGUCGGCGUGGCCCGCGGCUCCACUCAGGGCGAUGCCGGUGGCGCGGGCGACCGCGUGAUGAACCAGCUGCUCACAGAGAUCGACGGUGUGGGCGCGAAAAAGAACGUCUUCUUCAUCGGCGCCACCAACCGACCGGAGCUUCUCGACGAGGCACUCCUGCGUCCAGGUCGACUGGAUCAGCUGGUCUACAUUCCUCUUCCGGAUCUUCCUGCCCGGCAAAGCAUCCUCGAAGCCACCCUGAAGAAGUCCCCCAUCGCGCCCAAUGUCCCGCUGUCCUUCAUCGCGCAGAAGACCGAGGGCUUCAGCGGUGCGGAUCUGGCGGAGCUCUGCCAGCGUGCCGCCAAGGCAGCAGUGCGUGAUGCGAUCGCUGCAGAUGAGCUUCGGGCAGGUGACGACGACGCCAUGGAUACCCAGAUGGGCUCCGAGAUCGGACGCAAGCACUUCGAGGAAGCCUUUGCCGGGGCUCGCCGAUCCGUGGCUGGGUCGGACCUCGCAAAGUACGACCAGUUCCGGAAGAAGUUCGAUCCAGUUUACAUGAACUCGAGUGCCGGCGGAGGGACCGGAGUCGUCAUCAACUGGCCGGAUGAUGUCGGAAUCGGAACAACCGCAGCAGCCGCCGAUGACGAUGAUGACCUGCACCCUCGGCUGAGUUUGAGCAGAUUUUGUUCUGGAAUAACUUAA